UUGGCUGCUGAGGAAGCCUCCGUUUUGUGGGUGAAGGCAGUCAUGGAGGAGCUGAGCGCCGUGGGAGAGCAGGUUUUUGAUGCCGAGUGCAUUUUGAACAAACGACUCAGAAAGGGAAAGUUGGAGUUUCUGGUGAAGUGGAGGGGAUGGUCAUCCAAACACAACAGCUGGGAGCCACAGGAGAACAUUCUUGACCCGAGACUGUUGGCUGCGUUCAAUAAAAAAGAACAAGAAAAGGAGCUUCUGAUGCUUAAAAGACGCAAAAGACCCAGAGGACGACCCCGAAAGAUCAUAGAAAAUAUACCGGAACCCCAAAAAUCAAGCAGCUCUUCAUCUGCCUCAUCCUCAUUGUCCUCAGACUCCUCAUCCUCGUGCUCCUCUUCUUCUUCAUCAUCAGAUGAUGAAGAUGAGGGUGAUGACAGCCACGUCAAACAGGCAAGCCCAACUGUCAGGCCGCGAGAGCUACAUCCCGUCCCUCAGAAGAAAGCACAGAUUGUCAUGGCAAAGCAGGAGCCCCCAAGGAAACAAAGCAGGAAGCCCCCCCCUCCUGAAGCAAAGGAGUUUCAGCAGAACAAAGGUCCACGCAAAAUCCUGAAGACCCCCAAAGAGACGGAUCUUCCAGGAGCGAUCAAGAAGCCAGUUCAUCCAGCGAGCUUCACCUUCAUGGGUUUCCACCGCAGCUCAGCCAAAGAUACGGUGGCUGGUCAGUACAGGAGCCCACUGACCCAGGGUGGGGUGGUCAAAAAUCCCAUCAGCUCUGCUGGAUCUGGCAGGUCAUCAGUCCAGAGCUCGUCUCUGCCCCUGAAGUCCAACCAGAGCAGAAAUGCAACUGAGGGAAAACUGUCCAUCUCCAGCAUGAACAGUGGCACAAGUCUUGAUUUGAAAACAGCUGCUUGUAAAUCCAAAGGGGUAGCUGCUCUGAAUCUGAAUACCUCCAAACAUCCAGUUCAAGGAACCACUCCGCAUACUUUAAGCCCACCUGGUGGACAAAAGAAGCCACAAUCCCUUGGGUCCGUAAUGCAGCGGGUACCCAGUACUAAAGCAGGGGCUUCCCAGCGUUCUAAGAACACCUCCUCCAAUCAAGGUUCAAGUCUUCAACCUCUCAACCUUCAGAAUAAACAGUCUCAAAUCCGUGAUGCUCCUGGAAGUGGCUCUACAGCAGUAACAGGUCUGAGAAAUCCAGCCUUCCCUGCAAGAAAGACCAGUGUCACACAAAAUCUGGAGACAGAUGCCAAUAAAGCUCCUGUGACCUCUGGCAGACUGCCUGCCAGGAAACCCCAGCCAGGAGGAGACAAGUUCAGAGAGAUCACUGACAUCCAGACCACCAAGGUCCAAGGCCGAUCGGACAAGUCUUGCCCAGACAUCCAGAACCCCCAGGAGAGAACAGCCACUAAAGGCAGCAAGAAAGCCAAAAUGACCGACAUGAGCACUGGAGAAGAGGAGAGCAGCUCGGACUCGGAUCACGAUUCUUCAUACGCUGGGCAGGGUCACCCGAUGGUGGGCCAAAACCAGGACUGGAAGCCCACACGCAGUCUGAUCGAACACGUGUUUGUGACCGAUGUCACCGCUAAUCUUGUCACCGUUACAGUCAAAGAGUCACCGACCAGCGUGGGCUUCUUCAGCAUUCGCAACUACUGACAGACAGUCUGAUUAGGUUUGGGCUCCAACAGGGUUCAUUCAACUCAUCUUAUAUUAGUCCAGCUGAAUUUUAGAUGCAAACAAUAAAGAUAGUCAGUUAUUGAUUGUAAUUAUUUAUUUUGUCAUAUGUAUAAAGAAAAGGUGCAUUUUGGCCUCACCUGGUGGUCGCAGAGAAAUAAAUGUUUUUCCACUUC